AUGGCGCCUGCUGGUUUGCGGCUGGUUCUGUGCGAGGAGAGGAUCCGGGAGAAGAGCGGCUUGGCUGCACAUCGCGACUUGGCUGAACUGCAGUCAUUAUGUCUUCCUGGGACUUACCAAGAGAAGAUUACGCACCUAGGAAAUUCUCUGAUGAAUUUGACAGGCCUAAAAUCUUUAGAUCUCUCACGCAACUCGCUGGUUAGUUUAGAGGGCAUUCAGUACCUUACUGCGUUGGAAAGACUCAACCUCUACUACAACUGUAUUUCCUCAUUAGCAGAAGUGUUCCGACUCCAUUCCUUGUUGGAGCUCACAGACGUGGACUUCCGGCUGAACCCUGUCGUAAAGAACGAGUCUGAUUAUCGCCUUUUUGUGGUGCACAUGCUUCCAAACCUCAGACAGCUCGAUGAUCGCCCUGUGAGAGAGAGUGAACGGAAAGCCUCCCGACUGCACUUCACUUCAGAGGAAUCACUCGACUCGAAGCAGACUUUCCCAGCUGCUCUGAACCGGGGAAGACCUCGCCGCUGCAGAGCCAAGGGCGCCGACUCCUUGUCCAAGUGCUUGGUGCUGGAUGCGGACGACGAGGCUGUCCUGAAUCUCAUUGCUGAGUGUGAGUGGGACCUCAGCAACCCACCCGGGAGCACAGGCUCCAGCCAGAGAGAGCGAGAGACAGACCUCUCCAGCUCACAAGAAUCGAGGCAUGUGCUAAGUCCACAGUCAGCGCAGCAUCAGUGUGGCGACUCCAUCCAGAAAGGCCCCGAGAGGAGGAAAAGCACCUUCAAAGGGGGCUUCCCCGAGAAGCAGCCACAAGUCCACUGCUGCGGUGAGCAGCCCAACGGCCUCUCCACCUACCUGGCGCACUUCCUCUUCCCCCCGCAGCCAGACCCCACAGACAGGGAGGACUCCGUUUCGUCUUCUCACAAGUCCAGUGUGUCCACACAGAAGGCUGGGCACCGGUCGCCUGUCUCUGAAAAGUACAGGAAGCACAGGCUGCCUGAUGGGAGGUUCCAGGGGUCUCUGGACCAGGAGUGCCCAGGUUGCUUUGCGGGGGCCUGUGGGCCCCCGAGCUCUGAGGAGAGCCUCACCAGGCCAGACGGCUCAGAGAGCACCAGCGAGAGGACUUCCUCACAGCCGGAGGCCCCCGAGGCCGAGGAGCCGCAGCCCCGCAGUACCAGCGCUGCCAGCGAGCAUCUAGUCAUGAGCCCACACCUGUGUACGGCAGCCCCACCUUCAAGAACAACCACCCUGGAAACUGCACUCCUGGAGUCUCUCCUGGACCUGGUGGACAGGCACUGGGGUGGCCGCAGGUCCCUGCACAGUAACCAGGCCUUCCUGGGUCAGAUGAGGCACCUUCUGUCAUCUGUCCAAGCGCUCACGGCAGCUCAGAACCAGGCAGUGCUGGCCAGUGAGGCGGUCAGCCGCCUGGCCCUGGAGAACGAAUCUCUGCACAGGCACCUGGAGGAGCAGCAACAGCAACACAGUGCGUCAGUGGACGAGGCGCGGCGGGAGCUGGAGGUCACACGGAAGGAGACGGAUGCCUUGAGAGAACGCUUAGACAAGUCCCUGGAGGAGAACAGCAGCUUGAAAUCGCUUCUGUUCAGUAUGAAGAGAGAAGCCAAAAGCUCACACACUGACUCGACUUUAAAUGUGCAGAUUGCUGGACUUCAGACAAGUGUGAAGAGGCUGUCUGGUGAGAUUGUGGAGCUGAAGCAGCACCUGGAACACUAUGACAAGAUCCAGGAACUCACUCAGAUGCUGCAGGAGAGCCACAGCUCCCUGGUCAGCACCAACGAGCACCUGCUGCAGGAGCUGGGCCACACGCGGGCGCUGCACCGAGCCGAGGUGGAGCAGCUACACUGGAGCUACCAAGAACUCAAGAAGACCAUGGCGCUCUUCCCAGCCCGCAGCACCGGCCCCAGCGGCUGCUAG